AUGGUGAAAUCAAUUCAAGAUGGAAAGUCAAUUGACUUUGAUUCAAUUGCACCAAAGUUGGAUGCUCCAGUUCAAACUGAAGUUCUUGCAAGAGAAACAGAGAUGGCCCAAAACAAGAUUCUCUAUUCUGCAAAACUGACCAGCCAUAUGAACAGAGCAGCGUAUUUUGAGACCAACAAGCGAACUGUCAAGUCAAACAUCAUGCUGAAGUUUGUGACAAAAGCGAUGGAUAUCAAGCUUCAAGGUGAUGCCGAUUUCACGACUACUCUUGAAGACCCAAUUGAACUCUUGAAACGUAUUGAACAAUUCAUGAAGAAGAGUGCCGAUGCUGAAUAUGACUUCUUGGAUUUCUGGGAAGCGAAUCAAAUGUUUUUUGCUAUGAAGCAAGAACACACUCAAAAACUUGAUGCAUUUCAAGGAAGGAUUCUUGAGACAGGCUGA